AUGACGCACAAACACUAUUUUGAGGCUUUGGACAAAACCAUGAGGGAUUUAUUGAGGUUCACCAUACCGGGUAGUGCUGAAAAGACUUUUGAUGGAAAAACAAUAGUUUUGGGUGGCGAUUUUAAACAUAUCCUAACUGUUAUUCCGAAAACAACAAGACCAGUAGUUAUUAGGGCAAAUAUUAAUUCUUCAUGCAUAUUGACAAAUUGCAAGGUAUUAAGGCUCACCAAGAACUUGAGACUACGGACCUUAGCUUCAGAGGAAAAUAGACAGACGGUUGAUUGGUUUUCAAAAUGGAUUGCAGACAUCGGAGAUGGGAUUGCAAUGGUUGUAAACAGCGGUUCAUUUGAGAUCGAUAUUCUGGCACAAUCUUUGUUGAAGUGUGGACACAAUCCCAUAGCAACUAUAGUGGAAAUCACAUUCCCAAACUUGAGAUAUGGCAUGCUUGAUGAGUCGCAACUAGAAGGCCGAGCUAUCAUCUCGCCGACUUUAGAUGUCGUUGAUCAAAUUAAUCAAUACAUGUGCGACAUGAAUACUGCAGAAGGACAAAUAUAUUUAAGUUGUGACUCUUUGUGUAAGGCAGAAUCAGACAAUUUGACUGAUGGAUCAUCGUCAACGGUUUGCCACCUCAUCAUCACGGCUAACUGUCCGGUGCUCGCCAUCACCGUCGACCUUCUGUUACCUUUUUCUAGGAUGAAGGCUGCUACCUUCCAAAUUUGA